AUGGCUUUUCUUAUUGGUAAAAAGAAGAAUAGCUAUUGGUUUGUUAUAGGAAUUCUUUAUAUUUUAAUUUGGGAAACAAUUUGUUGUUUUUCAUAUAGUACGAAGGAGAUUGAAAGAGAAAAGCAGAUUUAUAGGGAUAUUUCAAAAUCAAUCUUUCAAAAUUUAGAGGCAUUAAGCGGUGGUUCUCAAGAGAAUGGUAAUCAUAAUGAAGACGAUACCAUCUAUAUUGAUAAGUUUGAAGAUGAGGAUAAAGAAAAAAGCGGCAUAGAUUUAGAUAGUGGUGAUAUUAAACCCAAAACAACAACAUCAAUAAAAAAAACAACUCCAAUAAAUAAAAAGAUAAUACCAGAUUUAAGAGAACUAUUACCACCUUUAAAUUUAACAUUCGAUGUAAAGAAUUCAUCAAUGAAUAUACCUACAUAUGUAAACACUGAUUCCUUUAGCUUAUCAGAUAUCAAUAUCAACUCUACUCAUUUUGGAAUGCAAUCAGAUAAUAUUAAAAUGAACAUUAGUGUAGAGGCAAACCAAUUCCCAAUCUCUAUGAAUUUAAUUUCAAACAAAUCAGAUGUACCCAUUUCAUUAGGAAUUUAUGGCGCAAAUAAUAUUCCUGUCAAUUUAAUUGUUAGCUCACUUGACACCCCAGCAUUAAACUACUUGGUAAUAUUUGUCUUUGGUUCUAUUAAUUUCAUUUUAGUUGUUUUCGUUGUUACUCAACAAAUUUCGAUUUGUAAACUAAAGAAACGAUUAGAUGCUAUAGAUAUUUCCAAUCAAGUGUUAAAAGGAAAAAGAUUCAAAAAAGGUAAUGUUUGGUAUUCAUCGAUAAAUAGUGAAGACAGUGAUUCAGAGGUAAUAAAAAUCAAUAGCAACAACAAUAAUGAAAGUUCAAUUGAUAUAGAGAAAUCAGGUAAUAUUAAUAGUCCAAUAUCAAUUAUUACAUGCAAUAGAUGCGGUCAAAUUAAUGGUAAAACUAGAUUUUGCUUUAAUUGCGGUAAUGGUUUAAUGUAA